UUCCACAGGGAUUGUUUCACAGAAUCUACGGAUGAGACCUUUACACUUCUCUCUAGUCUUCAGAAGGCCCAUAUCAGGUUGUGACUGAACCGAGAAUUUCAGUAGGAUAAUUCUUAGGUGCUUUUUGUUUAUUUAAUAGUUAACUUCUUUCUUUCAGCUUCUUUAGAGAUAAAGAAUUAUGAAUCCCAAAGAACUUGUCAGCACAGUAUCAUAGAGGCCUGGAAGAAGAGACCAGCUGCCCUGAUUAUAAUUCUUAGGACACCCAGACUUUUAAAUUUUGAAAUGGAAAUGCAGCAUCAUAAACCUCAACCAAACAACUGAGCAGAGUUCUCAAGAUUUUUACUUGAUUUGUAGCAUUUUUGUUUGUGCCAGUUUUUGUCACUUGCACUUGAAUACCAAAGGGAGGCUAAAGCCUAGUUAACAGGUUCCUCGCGGACUCACCUCAUACGAUCAUUUUCCAGGUGAAAUUUCAUUUUCUUCUCAAGCAUACCAGAAAGACCAGUAUUAAAGCCUGAAAAGGCAGCUGGGAGUAAGGAGGGAGAGGUUCUAUUAUGGGCUCAUUUUACCCACUGUAUUUGCCUAUAAAAACUGAUUUUUAGCAGCCCUCAUUUUGUAAGAUAGACAAGAAUGGUCAUAACCACUGGUUUAGCAUGGGUGAAUUCUGUAAGAUAAGCCACUUUAUAAAUCCGAGGGAAUUAGAGAAUGAAGUCACAGUGUGUAAAGUACUGGUCUUCAGUAGACACUUGGCCCUUGUGCCGGAGGCCAUCAAGAUGAUAAUGACUGUCCCUUCCUUCAAGGAGCCCAUAGUCCUAGCAGAAGAGACUACUUGUGAAGUACCAAAUGCCUCAGGAAUCGUGUGAAUUAGAGUGGAAAUAAGGAGCAGGAAAGAAUCACAGGAGGUUGAGAGUGAGAGGUAGGCAGACCUACCUUGGGGAAGAAGGGGAGAUCAAUCCAGGCUUGACAUGUGGUGUGUGUAGAACCCGACUCCAGAAAUGCAAAGCCGUGUGUGUGGAAGACACAGAGCUUCCUGGGCCUGUACUCUGUUUCCAGUACGUGGGUCACCAGAAAUAACCCUUCAGGGGUUUCCUUUGGUUUUCAUCAGGUGUGCCCUGCCUCUUGAAAGGAAGUCUCAGUCCACUGUGAUGCUUCAGUUGCUCUUCAUAGGUGUUAAAGGAGCCAUUGGCUUAUAGAUUAGCUGUGAAACAUUCAUUUUAUCUUUUCAGAGUUUGCUUAUUACACGCCAAAUUGAUUUGGCGAUCAAGACUUGAUUUUUACCCGAAGGUUGUUUUCAAGGCGGAUGGUGUUCUGACGGCCUUCAGCGGGGUAGGGAAGUUGUCUAAUUGCAAAGCUAGGUCCCAUUCAGAUGACCUCAAUAAAGGUGCUGUGUGCCCAUUUUCUCUUUGAAAGACUGUGCUAAAAUGCAUAUUUUGAUUGAGUAGGUUUGGGGCCUGAGUUUGCAUUUCUAACAAGCUCCAGGGCAAUGCCAGUGCCACUGGUCCUUGGGCCAUUCAUGAGUAGCACUAAGGAAUCAAAGCUACCCGUAGUUUUCACAAAAGCCUCUAGAUGUCCCCAUCAUCUAUGAGAUCUUGCUCCUAGAGUUACAACCAGUAGCUUCCAAGCACUGAGAAUGAAAUAUUAGCAAUUUACUUGAAAUAGAGGCUUAGCUAAAAACUGGUGUUUGGAUUCAUUGUUUCUAUGUGGGACUGAUCUGGUAAAAAAAAAAAAAAGUUUACUCUUUCCGGAAAAAGAUGUCUUGAAAUCAAAUUGUCCAAGAACUUCCAAGCUAGCUGCUUUAUUUACCAUGAAAUGUGAAAUCCAAAUAAAAAUCCAAUCUCAAAAAUUAUCAGACCUACAUGAAAGUUACCAGUAGAGAAUUAUUUCCAUAGUCUUAAAACAUGGGUUUUUUUAAAAAAGAAGCCAGGGUAAAUACUAGUAAUUUUAUCACCAUAAAUUCACCUGUGAAGCUCACAAGUGUAAAUAAAGUCUUCCAAAGCCUCCUGUGUAGACCAGUCUCCUCCAAGGCGGGGGCAUUUACAAUAAUAAAGGUUAAUGUAGAACUGAAUAAGCUCAUUAGCCCUCACAGCAUGCCUAUGAAGUGACCAUUUUAUUAUCCCCUCUUAGAGGUGGGGAAACUGAGGCAUAGCACAGUUAAGUAACACCCAAAGUGACAUAUCAGAAAAGGGGCCAUUCAGUUAAUCACUAUACUAGAUUGCCAUUCAUGCUCAGACAACAUUUAUUGAAUGAGUUAAUGUUUUCAAUUUCCAAAUAAGCAUAAUGGUGUGUUCCUUGUUAACUGUCCUUCCAAGGGUUUCACGAGCUUGACUGCAGACAACUCAGUGCUGGUGUACUAGCAACUGCUCUGUAGAAGGUUUGAGUUCAGUUCUGACGUCCCUCUGAAUGACUAAAACAUACAAUAUGCAUACAUAAUGUAGCUUUUCAAUUUCACUUUCUUGGUAUCCUCACACAGGUGCUUAUCUGAUAUAUGCGGCUGUUUGUCUUGUCUUUUUUUUUCUUUUUUGUAAAUUAUCAAUAUGUAUAUUCUUAUUGCCAUUUUGUUCAUUGUUUUGGAUUUGUUUUUGUAAGUCUUUUUCUUUCUCUAUUGCUGUUUGAAUUAAAGGCAGGAGCACAUUUGGUGAGCUCUUGAGGAAGGAACAGACCUGGCGUUGAGUGUUAUCUAAGAGACUGGAAUGAACAUAUGAAUCAAUUUGGCUGUGACAGAUCUGGUGCUAGGAUUCACCCUAUUGUAUGGAGAGGCCAGCCUCAAAGCCACUGAGCCUAUGAAAUUAGUCAAGUCUCAUGAUUUCGAGACAGCAGUUUCUUUCUAGGACAAGACGGCUCUUAGGCCAGUGGCUUCAGUAACUCAGGUGAUUUUGAAAAAUGCAUUAAGCUCUUCCAAAAUGUAGCGACCUUGUUACCUGCUCAGGUUAUGAGAACAGAGUCCCAGGAAAGAGGCUCCAAGGUCUUUUGCCAGUGGUGUCUGAGAAGCUGCUCACAGCCACAAGCGUUUGGAAGUUGCAAACUUAAAGCCAAGGAAGUGCACCCAGUACUCGGCCUAACUUGUUUUUAAUGGGCUAUGAUAACAUUGAUAUGAGACCUCGUGAUUUUCCCAUGGCUCUGGGAGCUUCCAAAGCCCCAAUAUCUCCAGACUGGAGCCCACCAGCUUCCUCUUGCUUUUGGUGGACUCCAGCUGUGGAAACCUGCUGAUUAUUUGCUACUCUGUUUCAUUUCCCAUUGUAGAGGAGCCAGGCCCCGGCUGACUGCCCUGGCCAACUCAAACUCCUGGGUGAGAUGGUUGCCCGACUUCGUCUAACAGGUUGGCAAGAAGUUGAUCUGCAGACACGGGACAGGGCACAAGUGGGUGCCCGUGUUAAGCAGGCCUCAGAUGGGCCACCAGAGCUGCCCGGAAGUAUCUGGGUGAUUACUGACAGUGGCCAUCUUAAGGCCUGACUUCAACUUCUUUGCAACCACAAUCACCCAGAAGAGACUGCUUGCUGCCUGGCAGCGAGUCCCCGGUGGGUGGGCGGCGCCUGCAAGCGGCCUCGGGAUGCCCUCCGGGGCACCAUCCGGGUUUCGGUUCCCGGCCGGCGUCUGGCUCGCCCUGGGUCACAUGGGAGGCGAGCUCUGCCCGCCUGCGGUUCCCGUGGCAACGCCAAUCCCCGGCCAAUCUGGGCCUCGGAAGUGCCGGCGCCGCCCGCCCACCCGGGGCUGGAAAGGGCCGUGGAGGACGGGCGGCGGAGGGACCGGCUGCCGACCUGGCCAUGCUUCGCGGCCCGCGGAGUCCGCUCUGGCUCCUGCUCCUGCUGCUGCUGCUGCUGCUGCUGCCGCCCCCGGGCACGUGGGGAGACGGCGGCCGCGCGAGGCCGAGGGAGGGAGCCGAGGAGGCGGGUGAGGCCGGGUCCUGCCCGGCCUUCCAGGGCCUGCGGGAGCGGCUGAGGGCGGCCGGCGCCCUCUGCAGACGCUACUGGGCUCUCUUCAGCUGCCGCGUGUGGCCCGAGGGAUGCAGGCAGGAUGAGGAGGAGCCGGCGCGGCCCCUGGGCUGGAGCCUUCCCCUGUUGGGCCAGCAGUACCUGGAUAUCCUGACCACCUGGUACUGCAGCUUCCGGGACUGUUGUGACAGUGGGGACUGCAGGAUCAUCAAUAACUUCACAGGCCUAGAGGCGGAUCUGCGCGUGCGCCUGCACGGCCAGCACCUGGCCCGGGAGCUGGUCCUGACAGCAGCCAGGGGCUACUUGGAGCUGCCCCAGCCAGACAAGGCCCUGGCUCUGUCGUUCCACGGCUGGUCUGGCACAGGCAAGAACUUCGUGGCGCGGAUGCUGGCAGAGAACCUGUACCGGGACGGGCUGAGGAGCGACUGUGUCAAGGUGUUCAUCGCCACGUUGCACUUUCCUCACCACAAGUAUGUGGACCUGUACCAGGAGCAGCUGGCAGGCCAGAUCAGGAAGACGCAGGAGCACUGCCACCAGACCCUGUUCAUUUUAGAUGAGGCUGAGAAGCUGCACCCAGGACUGCUAGAGGCCCUCAGGCCACACCUGGAACGCCAGGCCCCCGAGAACCCGAGGGCCAAGUCCCCGAGAACCAUCUUUCUUUUUCUCAGUAACCUUGCGGGCAAUAUCAUCAAUGAGGUAGUCCUGAACCUGCUUAAGGCUGGGUGGUCCCGGGAAGAAAUUGGGAUGGAGCACUUGGAGCCCCAACUCCAGGCUGGGAUUGUGGAAGCCACAGACAGUGGCUUUGGACACAGCUGUCUUGUGAAGGAAAACCUGAUUGACUUCUUCAUCCCCUUCCUGCCACUGGAGUACCGUCACGUGAGGCUGUGUGCACGUGAUGCUUUCCUGAGCCAGGAGCUCCUGUACACGGAAGAGGCACUAGAUGAAAUCGCCAAGAUGAUGGUGUACGUCCCCAAGGAGGAACAACUCUUCUCUUCUCGGGGAUGCAAAUCUGUUUCCCAGAGAAUUAACUAUUUCAUGCCUUGAGAGCUAGAUGACAACUUCCCAAAGCUGCCUUCCUUCCACUAAUAGGAUCCUGGGGCCUGUCAGCACACUGUCCAGGACGUAACGGGUUGGAGGGGCAGGCUAGCAUCCAGCAGCCACAAGCACAAGUGGUAUGUAAAAGGGAGGCCUUAAAUCAGAGACAGAGCCAAUUCUUAAAAUCACUUGGUGCCUUACAGAGCCACAUUCCAAAAUGUGGGCCAGCUGGUUGGAGAAAGUCAUGUAGGAGAUAAAUCCCAAGGAUUUAUUAGCAUAUCAGCUCCUGCCUGCAGAUGCCUGGACUUGGGGGUUGGGCCUGAGGCUGCAGUAUCCUCAGUGACAGAGAAGGGAAAAAUUAACUUCUGCUUACCAGUGGCAGGAACUGGGUGGGUUAGCUUUCAAGUUGUUAUUCCCAGAGGGAAGCUGAUCAGCUUCUAUUUGUGAGAUCAGGAAAGAGCCUCAGGCUGAAGGAAAAAGUGCACAGAGGAAGAUUUUUUUUUUUUUUUAGAUCAGGUCAGUGUAGGCUAAGCCUUGUUCUGCUCUUCAGAUUUAAAUCAAUUAAAAUUAUUUUUUUUUAAGUUAGGGACCUUGACAUGAUUUUAUCAUAUGUAAAGAUUAAAAUUUUAUAUUUUUCUAAAACCCUCGGCUUACUUACCUUCUUACUGAGCCCUAGUAAUCGUGCUCACUCAGCAAAAUUCCACAUGCCAGGUAACACUGAUGGGGACUGGUGGAGACGGGGGACAUAUACUGGCACUCACAGAGCUGACAGGGUGACUGCCUCGUCUGCCAGUUUACUUCAGUUUGCUUUGGAACCACAUCAGCUGAGCCAGGCUAUCUCAACCUCUUACUGAAGAGGCAUCCACAGCAUACUGCCCUUAUAUAUAUGAAAACAGCACUCCUGUGCUCCCAGCUUUAAAAAGAAAAACAGUCAUCGUUGAGGAUUGAAUGGCCAUGUGUAAAUGUGUACAUUGUGCCUCUAUACACAGGAGGUGCUCAUUAUGUGCUUUUCCCCUUCCCUUGAUUCUUCCCUUCUACCACACUUACGGAAUUACACACGGCUCUUUUAUAUGUGUCAUCACCUCACGUGGCCCUCUUAUUUACAGUCCUCCCAACCCUCUCACCUUUAGCCCUGGUAAAAUGGAACACUUCUGCUUCUCUCCUGUUUAACACUUUAUUACAUUCAUUUACUUGAAUUCAUUUACCUCUAGGUUAGGCAGUACCUAGCCUGAGCAACAUUAGAUACCCAAUCAAUACUCACAUGAAUUAAAGGAACUUAGUUUUACACCACCCAUGGGACAGACGUAAACCUGGCCUAACUGCACAAUAAAAUGGGGGCCGGUUUUAGGUGCUGGCUCCUUGUCUCACUCCAGAGCAUUUCAGGAACAGCAUGCAGCCACCCAAUCCUGUAACAUACUCAGAUCUAAACUCUGUAAAUACACACUUUAAAAGGUAUGUUCUAUAGCUUUAGGUCUCAGAGCCACAGAGCAGCUGACAUGCUUUUAGCACUGGCCAGCCAUGUUUGAUGUCAUAAACAUUGGGUCUGAAUCUCAUACCUCGGGAACCAAAACAAGCAGCAGGCUGCAGUGGUUCCGAACACUCCUCUGGAGCCAGACUCCUCUGCUCAGCGGCUCCGCCACUUGCUGCUUGCUGUUGAGACCACGGGGAAAGCUACUGGCUUCAGUUUAACUUUGGUUUCCACUUCUGUAAAAAUGAGCAUAACUGUACCCACCUCACAGGGCUGUGAGAAUUAAAUGAAUUAAUAUUUAUCAAGUACUCAGCACACAGAACUUUAGGUGUUUUAAGAAUAAAUAAAACUGCUGUCAGUUUUGGCACCAUACUCAAAGCCCAGGCUGGGCCUUUCCCUCCAUUCUAAUUCUUGGAACCCUGCAAGUUUUGUUUUAGGUAACUAACAUUUGCAAACAUACCAUGUGUCAUACUACGUGCUAAGCGCUCUAUAGCCUAGUCGAUACCUCAUGCAAUACUUAACACUUAGGGACCAAUUUAAUCACCAUUUAAUGACUGAGAAAAUUGGGGCUCUGAGAGGUUAAAUAACUUGGGUUAAGUCACAGAGCUAGUCAAUGAAGGAGUGGGAUUCAACCCUGGCAGUCCAACUCCAAUUCCUAUGCAUUAAUGACAAUGUUUCUAAAAUGAUUUUCUUGGCAAAUGCCAUAGCCUCGGGUGUGGAAAGUGUGUGGAACAAUGGGAGGUUGGAAAGUGGGUGGAAACAAUGGGAGGUUUUCUUUGAAUGACUCUGAAACAAGCCUUCCUAAACUAAACCAGAAAUGCAUGGGAGAAAAGGACCGAAAGUGGCAUGUUAAGGAGGUGUAUAAACUGAUGCUUACAGGGUCAGGGAGGACAGUUUUUCCUUUUCCCCUUCUAGCAUCUUUGGCUGGCCUAAUAAUUAAAUUGACAUAAGAUUAACAGGAGAAAAACAAAAGUUUAGUAAAAUGUACACAUGAGAGAGACCCAGGAAAACUAACUCCAAAAUGGCAGAAACUAUCACCUUAACUACUAUUUUCAGCUAAAGACAAAAGCAGAUAUUGGGGCUGGUAGGUCAGUUAUGGACGGUUACCAGGAAAAGCACAGUAAACAAUUGUGAGGUUGUUAAGCAAAUUUACGUCCUCACCUCCUCCACUGAUAAGUUUCUAGAGUUUCAUCCUCCUCUUCUUGGUAGAGCAAGGGAGACACCCUUACAAAUGGAGAUUUCCCUCACAACUGUAAAUCUCUUACAAAAGAGUAACUUAGUUACUCAGGUUUCGCCUGUGUCUGCAGUUUCUUAAGAUAACCAGCUUAAAAUAACCCUUAUGCCAAAGAGGCAUAUUUUGGGGUGGCAAAUUCUGCUCCCCUACAACAGCCAUUCUGAUUGGACUGUAUGUGUGCAUCGCUUGAGUAUAUCCUACUCAUCCUGAAUUAAAAUGUUACUUCUAAAAGCAA